AUGGCAAACUGUGAUUCUUUCCUACGCGAUAAGUUCAAACUGAAAGGGGUGAGUGGCUUGAAUUUUUAUUUUUCUCGACCGUGUUUACAUGUCAAUGAUGUCAUGACAAUCAUGACAUAGCAUUGUCUUUGAUGCCCAAGAGCUUCAGUUCUGUUCUACAAUUAAUUAAUAUUAUGUUCUUAUAUUUUAUAGUAUCCAAAUAAAUCCCAAGCAUUAAGUGAUGCCAAAACUGCCUUAGAACAAUAUAAAACACUAAAGCCAAUUUUUAAAAACUGCUGUAAGUUAUAAUAUUGAAAUUUUGUGUUGUGGUUUUAUACUAGUUUGUAUAUAUGUACGUUAUUAUAAAAGCAUGAAGAAUAGACAUUUUUAGGCGACACCAUAAGUGGGGCCAACACAGUGGCAGAUUGCAUUUAUUUUCCGCACAGCGGGGGUUGAGGACGGGUAGGACAAUACAAAAAUCUCAAAAUUCGGGCAAAAAUCACACUUAAUUAAAGAAAAACAUGUAGCUGUGACUAGAUGAUUUAAAGGGGGGGGGAGGGGAGUGAAUAGGUUUUCGGAUUGUUGGAUUUCACAGAAAAAAUUGUUUGGAUUAACUUCGGAUCAGGUGAAUACAUAGACGGAUUUUCAUAUUUUUUACUGGGGUGGUGCCAGAAAUUUUAGGGGGGUGAGCCGUGAGCAGGAGACUGAAGCAACACAAAGUGUCACCAAACCCCAGUAAGGUCUAUUAUAGAUUCUAGGGGUGGAGCACUAGAGCCGCAAGGGGGAGUCUAGAGAGCAGAAAACAAAGUAUCCCUGGAAAAAUUUGAAAAAAAUCAUGAUUUCUAGCUUCAGAAAAAAGUUUUUUGAAGUUGUCAUAUCAAUGGAUUUGGUAUGCAUGUCCAAUUGUCUGUUGAGAUUUGAGCGAGUUAAAGUUAAACAAACCUGUAAAAGUGUAAACCCGGCCAAUACACAAUAUGCUUGUCCGAUUGUCUGUUGAGACUUGAGUUAAAUGAACCUGUAAAAGUGUAAACCCAAUAGGCCAAUACACAAUAUGCUUUUACUUUUAUAAAUCAUUGACAUUGUGUCGUUUGAAUCCAAGUAGAAUUUAUGAUGCAACUCCGAUGUAAAUAAUAUUUGGGACAUAAAGAUUAAAUCUAGGCAAGACUAUUUCCUAAAAGAAUUAAAAACUAAAAAUAAUGUUUGUAAAAAUUCCAAACUCCUUGCAAGCAAGCUAUUUGCAUGACAAGGCACUGCAAACUCUAUUCAGGGGAGAUAAUAGAGUUUCAAAACUUUACAAUUGCUCCAAUAAACCAGUGAAUGCAAGCGAGAAGCGAUUAGUUUCAGAGUAUUGCACUGUCUUUUUCUAUUUGAGUGUACUCCUACGUUUAUUUUGUAUCAUCAACACUCUGCAUGUUGGAGUGGACUAUUUAAUUAUUUUUUAUUAUGCCGAAUAUUGGGGGGGGGGUUGGUUGAAUAUUGGAGGGGUGGACAUUUUGUUUGGGGGGUUAUAGCUAAUAUUGGGGGGGGGGGUAGCAACCCCCCCCCACACACAAAAUCCGUCUAUGUCAUCAUCACCAUAAUUUCCUUCAUCAGCGCCACCACCAUCAUCACCAGCACCAUCAUUCCCUUUGUCAGCACCAUUAUCACCACCUCCACCAUCAUUACCACCAUCACGACCAUCACCUAGGUUUAAUAAUAAUAAUAAUAAUAAAUUUAUAUAGGCAGUGAUAUUCCUAAAAAGUUCAAAAGCAUUUUACAAGAGUGGAGUAGUAAACAUAAUAAUGAUAGUGACUUAAUGUGCAGUCUAUGUUGCAAGUUUAAAAAAUGAGGUAUAAAAUUACCAAUUUAAAGUACAUUCAAUAUUAGAUAUACUGCAGUAUUAGAAUUAUAUUAAAAUUAUAGUAUUUAAAAACUACACAGCAGGGCAUUUUUUAAGAAUUCGUCAGUGGGGGGGGGGGGGGGGAGGAGGGGCAUCUACAAAAAAGGACCAUACUAUACUGAGUGUGGAGAAAUGAUAGAUGGUUGUUGGUAACAAAAAGUUUGGUGUAAUAUCGCAUUUAAUAGUAGGGGGGCCUGGGGGUGUUCUCCCCCAGAAAAUGUUUGUAUUUUUCUACCCCUAGGACUGCAAUUCCUGCAUUUUCUGAAACAUAUUUUUGGAUAUGCAGCACAAUGAAACUCACAGGCCCGUAGCUGAGGGGGGCCUGGGGGGCAGUGCCCCACCACUCGGAAAUAAAAUUGAAAUUAUGCCCCCCCCCUUAUUCCACAUUUUUUGCCAUUUAAAAAAAUAGACAACGCGGCUUAUCUAAGCUUUGAAAGUAAGGUUUUGCUAAAUGACAUUACCUUUGAAGAUUUUCACAAAGCUUGGAAAAUGAAGCCACGAACACUAUCAGUAUCACUGUGAGAGUCAGUGAGACGUUUGUAUUAAUAUUUUGAUUACUAACAGAAAUUUAAUAUUCCAUUAAUACACUAUUUAGUUUUGCGUUAUUUUGGUUUUGGUUAAGCUUUAACCUACAACAGUAAAGCAAAUCAAGUUUAAUUAUUUGAUAGUACUUUAAUAUUACUGUAAUAAACGCUUAAUUUCCAUUUUGAACGGUUGUGAAACAUGAUAUACAGUACUACAGCGACCGUAGAAGAUUAAUACUUGCAUGAGGCUCAUUAGGGUAAUACAGGAUGUGCACAGGCUAGAGGCUCAUAGUCAUACUCAAUUUUUGUAUGAAAAUAGAUUGCUUGUGGCCUAAAAUAAAUAACCUCAUUGUUAGAAGCUAGGCUAGAUAGCAGACGGCUGAACUAACCCUAUACAGAACUUUAAAGACUCACAAAAUUGAGCGCAAGUAUAAUACUUUUACAGUGUAGAAGAACGUUCCGUUCGAUCCCAAUUUUUCUGAGCUGGAAAGGAAAACUAGCUGCUAGCACGAAAGUCAAAAUCAUCCCAACCCCUCUGUUACAUUCUUUCUGCAUUUUAGAAUUGAGAGCCAGCUACGGGCUUGGAACCUCACCUUCAGUGAAGUACUUGCAUGGACGCAUGGUAUGUUUAUGUAGAUACCACAACUUGGCCGUCACUCAGGGACCCAGGCGCAAAUCACGUACUAAAAAUAGUAACACUACAAUUACAAAUCAUAAUGAAAGAAUUAAUGAAAGGGCCCAACAAACACUAACAAAAUGCCAUUUCCGACCAUCUAGAGACGCAAAAUUUUCAAAAUGUUUUCGCUCUGUGCCAACCAUGGUGGCGUUUCGUGGGAGUUGGGCCCUCUAAGUUUAUCAAGCUGGCUACGAGGCUGAAUUGUGAGUCUAUGCUAUCCUUGAGUCAGGAUGGAUUAUUACGAGAAAUGUUGUUAUCAAAAUAUCGAUUACAGAUAUUUGAUUAUAUACGAUUUCAAAUACUUCUAGUUUCGAAAUCAAUUGGGGUUUUUGUGGUGGUGGUGGGGUGGCGAACAGUAUUCCCCCUGGGUUGGGGGCCCGUUGCCCCUGCUUCCUACACCCCCUGCGGUCACUAACUUGUUUAGCCGAGCCUUCCAAAAACUCAAAUCUAUAGGAUCUGCGAUAUGCAAUCCACUGGAAAAUGUUUAAAAUCUAAUAAGGUAUUUACAACACAAUGUUUAGCAUUGAAGAUAAAGACAGGACAUAAGAUUCACAAAGCAAAUUUCAGUUACUAGAAUAUCAAACAUCCCUUCUAAAUUCCAUGUUUUGCUUAUAUUUUUGAGAAAAGGGACUUUGACUGGGGGGGGGGGUGCAAAAUGGUUGAGUGUGGGGGCCACCAUGAGGGGGGGGGAGUGGCUUUGCCCCCCCCCCAGUUAUAUAGCUAAAAAAUGCCCUGCUACACAGUAUUAAUACCACAGUAUUAAAGAAGUCAAAACUUCAAUAAAAGUCAAGGUCAAAGUCUAGGCUUCAAUAAAAAGCCAGGUUUUAAGAUUUUUUUUUUUAAAUACUUAGUAGAAGUCUUUCUGCUUCAGCCCCACUGGCAUUGAGUUUCAUAGCGUUGGUGCUGAAACAGCAACGGUGAAGAAGGUUCUGGUUAAUAGCAGAACGGAGAUUUGGCUUGCAGGAACAUAAGAUUUUAUUAAGUCAGCAAUAUAUAUAAUGGUGCUAAUUAAUCAAUGGAGCGCCUCAAAAGUGAUGACCAAGAUCUUAAAUUUAACUCUUUGUUCAAUAGGCAGCCAAUGCCUUGAACAAAGGUGUUACAUGCUCAUACUUUUUAUAUUGAUAGAUGAUUCUAGCCGCACAAUUUUAAACAUAUUGAAGUCUCCUGAUGGCAUAUUUCGCGGGGUUGUCUAUAUAUAAUAUCGAAUUGCAUGCAGUAAUCUAAUUAUUUAUGUGGAUAGCCUAUAUGAGCUGUAAAUGUUGUUGAUCAUAUUUAUCAAGAAUUUUACGAUACAAAUUUUGGACUAUAGGGUAUUAAAUUUUGUGUGUGCAAAUUUCACGAGGUUCUUUUUUUACAAUUGCGAAAAUCGAGAAAUCAAAGUCGCACGAAAGACAAUAUUUAAUAUGAAUAAGAUAUUUGCCAACAACCACAAGACUACUGUUAAUGAAAACAUUUUCUCAUUCUGCUGACUUCAAGUUGAGCACCCAUGGGCGUACCGGAAGGAAAAAAUUAGGGGGGCGGAAAGAAAUUUGUCCAACUUUUCGGGAUUGUGCCCGACUAGUACCUAAAAAAUUUUUUCCGGAAAAAUUAUUUCGGCGACCUCGUGAAAUUUGCGCCGCCAAACGUCGCCAAAAAAAUUUCGGUCAGUGUACCAUUUUAGGGGUCAAAAAAUUUUUCCGGACAUACUAAAAUUUUUCGGAACAUCACACAAAUUUUCCAAAAAACACUCAAUUGAUACAAAAUUGACUGAAUUUUCACUAAAUUGACAGAAUUUGUCCCAUUUAUUUUUAUUACAAACCAAAAUUGGCCGACUGUUGAUCGAAUAUUGCCCGACUGCCCAAAAAACUGGGGGGCUACCGCCCCCCCCCCCCCCGCCCGGUACGCCUAUGUGACCACCAUUAUACAAUUACUUUAUGGUUUCCGUGUUUGGAUGGCCUGAUCCAAACACGCGGGAAUGUUGCGAGAGUUAAGAAAAGCGAGCGAAAUUACGAGCCGAAGGCGAGUGAUUUUGCCCGCUUUUCUUAACUCGAGCAACAUUCCCAAGUGUUUGGAUCAGUCCAUCCAAACACGGAAACCAUAAAGUAAUUGUUUUAUAAAAUAACAACAACACGGUAUAGUCUUCCGUGUUUGGAUGGCCUGAUCCAAACACGGCUUUCGACCAAUCAGAAUACGCGUUAUAUACAUGUUAUUUUAUAAUAUAAUUUCUAGCUGAUGUACUAAUACUACUUUGUUGUAUUACAGCGCUUCCUGAUGGUCACAAUAAAGAGCUACUCUGUCUUGAUGGAACAAUACCUGUAAAUUAUCGAGGUAUAUUUAACCUGCUGUAGUUUGUGAAAGAACUAAACAUGUAAAAACACACAAGUCGUAACAAACCAGCAGUAGCAAUGUUGUUUUAACAACUUGUCAACAGCUGGAUGUGUUCGCACUAAGCAGUGUUGACAAGUUGACAAGUCCUGUUGCGAACACGUCUUGUUGACUAGUUAUGGAAUUUUUACGUGUUGGGUAACUCAUGAUCAUGGUGUUUGGUGUUCAACUUCGAUCAGGUCUAUUUACAAAUUACUGUAACUAAAUCCCAAAAUAUUUUUAAUUUGUCACAAAAUACGAGACAAAAACGCACUGUUUCUUUCCAGUUGUUGUAACAAGUUCGCAACAAGCUGUACAGGUAAACUACGUGAAGUCAAUUGGAAUUUUCCUAAUUACCUUUGCAAAUGCAAUAUUUCAAUGCAGAGAAACUCCUUUUAAAUUUUCCUAACUUCCUGUUUUGGUUUCCUGAUUUCUUGUUCUGUUUUGAGCGUUGUCAUUGGUGGAUUAUUUUUGUUCGCCAAUUACAACACCCAGAACAGAACAGGAAGUUAGGAACUUGUAACAGGAAGUUACGAACUUCUAACAGGAACUGAGGAAAAUUUAGCCUGCGAAUUCAGCUUGAGAGCCUGUUCGCAGGCUAAGGAUAAUUUACUUGAUAUUUAUCAGUGGGCUUUUAUCAACACUGCAAACUCCCUCAAAGCUCUGCCCUCAAAGGAUAUGCAAGGGAGUUUUUCAAAUUUGCAAAGAUAAUGAGGAAAAUUGCAAUCAAAUUAGGAACUUAAAAGAGGAACGAUUGACGUAAUUUACCAUUAUCAGACUUGUUAUAAGGUUAUUCUAGCAAGUCUGAUACAAUCAUGAUAUAUUAUGGUGUGGCCGGAGCCUUAUGUUUGAGGGGGGGGGACUGAACGCCUAAGGCAUGAGAGUGGCUAGGGGGGAGGGGUCCGAAAAUUUUUAAAUCUAGAGUCCCUGAAAUGCUUUUUAAACAUUUUGGUGGUGAAAUUUUGCAGAAUUCCGAAGAUUAUAAAGUACAUCAAAGACACGAUUUUUUACCAGAUAUUUCUUCUUGGAACUAAAUGAAUUGCAUGUAUGGAAAAGUCACCUUGGAACAUUAGAGGAGGGGUCCGUGUCACCUUAUUUCCCCUCUGUAGCAGGGGCGUAGGAACCGGGGGGGGCAGGGGGGCAUGGCCCCCCAAGUUUUGGCAAGUGCCCUUUUUCCAGGAGCAAAGUGCCCUUUUUGUGCCUGAAACAUUUUCAUAAAAUUCGCAGUUUUUGUCCAAACGAAACUUUUGAAAACUUUAAUCUAGGAUUUUUCCCGAAAAAUGUUUUAGUUUCCGAGAAAAAUAUCAUGGAAAUGUUGCAUGAGAUGCCAUUUCUCAAAAUUGCAUUACUUUUCAUAAGAUUCAGAAUAAAUAAGAGUUCAAAAUAUUAACUAAAUUUAUUCUUCUUGAAACCAUACAUACAAUCGUCCUUAUGUUCGGUCGAGACUUGGUUACUCAGUUUUAGCUUCGAGAGUGUAAUGUGUAUCUCCCCUCCCCAAUUUCUCUCAAUUAAUUUAGACUUUUUGAGAGAAUGGUUUUUGUGGCGAUUGGGGGGGGAUGCAGUUACCACAAAAACCAUUCUCUCAAAACCAUUCUCUUCAGCUAUAUAAUUUAAUAUUUACAGAUUGUUUAAUUAGAUACAUAGAUAGAUAAAUUAUCAUAAAGUAAAAUGAUAUUUUCAUUGUUCCCCAGGUUCCACCUAUAAUAUCCCUAUAAGUAUAUGGCUCCAAGAGAAACAUCCCUACAUAGCACCAUUUGCACAUGUAGUGCCCACUGCUGAAAUGGAAAUUAAGCCAGGACGACAUGUUGAUGCACAUGGAAGAGUCUAUCUACCUUUUUUAACAGAGUGGAAAUAU